AUGAAGCGCUUAGCCGCUUCGGUGCUGAAGUGUGGCAAGGGCCGCGUGUGGCUGGACCCCAAUGAAGGGAAUGAAAUCGCCAUGGCCAACUCCCGCUUCAGCAUCCGCAAGCUGGUGGGCGACGGUCUCAUCAUCAAGAAGGCGGUCGCGCCGCACAGCCGCGCCCGCAUCCGUCUGAUUAACGCCUCGAAGCGCCUGGGCCGUCACUCCGGUAUCGGUAAGCGCAAGGGUACCAAGGGUGCGCGCCAGCCCGCGAAGUUGCUGUGGAUGCGCCGCCAGCGCGUGCUGCGCCGUAUGCUCCGCAAGCUGCGCGACUCGAAGAAGAUGGACUCGCACAUGUACCAGAACUUCUACAAGCGCUGCAAGGGUAACCAGUUCAAGAACAAGCGUGUGCUCUUGGAGGCCAUCCACGCCCAGAAGAACUCCUGGGUCAAACAGAAGGCGGAGAACGAGCAGAUCGAGGCCCUGAAGGCCAAGGCAAAGGCCAUCAAGGAGAAGCGCAAGCUCCGUAUGGCUGCGCGCACCACAUAA